AUGACCCAGUAGCCUUCAGUAGGAUGCUCCCUAUAGUAGGGUAAUCGCCAGGAUGAUCUGUGAAGCUACCCCAUGGCAGCGUCGGUGGCAGGCAUAGGUGAAACCAUGGCAGGCGUAGGUGAAACCAGGCCCUAUGACCAAUUAAACAUCUCAGCGCCACUGGUCAGACCGGAGCUUGUCCACGUCCUGUUUCCAAGCCAAACAUGACGGUCUGCAAUAACAACACUCAAGUCUGUAAGGACGGUGAAUGCACUGGCUCAGUUUGCGAGAAAUACGGGCUUGAGGAGUGCUCCUUGGGCAAAGGAUAUUCAUUUGCCGAACAGUGUGUCUUGGCAUGCAGAGACAAAAGAGGGUCUAGAAGAUGUCUCCCCGCGUGCUCCAUCAAGAACAUGCGGGCGCUCUGCGGUGCAAAGAUGAUGCCGGGAGCCCCAUGUAAUGAUAUGAAGGGAUACUGCGACAUAUUUUCCAAGUGUCGUACUAUUAAUGCUGAAGGUCCUCUCUCCAGAGUACACGCCAUGAUAUUUGGCACUUCGAAAGAAGGGUCACUCCAGGAAUAUAUAACCAACAACUUUUGGUUGGUAACACUCUUUAUGUUGGGCUUCUUGGGAUUGCUCACCCUGGCGAUCCAGUGCUUCGCCGUUCAUUUUCCGAGCAGCCAUCCAUUAAAGCCGGCUAAGAAGAUAAAAGACACCAUUACACAUCCGCUAUCCGCUUUUAGCAAGUCUUCGUCACUGAAGACCCCCAUCAAUUUGAACAGAUGAAAAUGCUUGCGCCCGGGUCGAAGUACCAUCGAAUUUUAUUAGAUAUAAUGAAUAUAUAACGAUUAUGAGUA